UUUAUUACGCUUUCUCUUUUUUCUUAUUUGUAUAUCAAUAGUCUCUUUUUUCUCUUUCUUUUUUUUGGUUUUUUUCCUUAUCGUCGCCUUCCCCUUCCAUUCCCUCUUUCAUUUUUCACUGUGUGUAAAAAGCCAACACCCCUCCCCUUCCCUUCAUUAUGUACGCUGCUAUCUUGUUACUGUUUGGUUUGCUUCAACUGGCAUUAGCAGGCACGGUUUCUAUUCAGCAACCCAAACCAAACAACGUAUGGCAAGUCGGUCAGACGGUUACAAUUAAAUGGAAACUCGACAAGUCCGCUCAUUAUGCCAACGUGUCCAUUGCUCUGGCUUCAGGACCAGCGCAGGCACUCGUCAUUGAUCGUGUGAUUGCUGCCAAUGUCAAUGCGAGCUGCGGUCAUUACAACUGGACCAUUCCAAAGAGUGUUAAGCCGGCCAAUAACUACGUGGUGGAGAUCGGACCGCACUCGUCGGAUUUAGCAUUUGCAGGUUUUAUCAGCAUCAAACCAGCUCAAUCAAAGAAAUCUUGUCAUCGUUCGCACAAAAAGUCGCAGCACAAGAAGGACACCAAGAAGCUGACGCCCACGCCCACCAAGAAGCAUUCGACGACUCACCAUAAGUCUUCCACCCAUUGUCACUCGAGCCAUACCCAUCAACCUUCGGUUUGCGAGGCCGUCCCUGACUCGGAGAAGCGUGCUGGAUCGGCCUCGAUUCGUUGUCGCCCUAUGCCCACCAAACCUGCCAAAAAGUCGCAUCGUGCAAAAGCACAAAACAAAUCUUCCAAAUCAUCGUCCUCGUCCAAGCCCGCUGCGCAUCAUGCAAACUCUACGACAGUGACUACAACCACCACUCACACUUCCGAAUCCGGUUACAUUAUUUGAUAGAAUCGUUUUUUUCUUCUUAUUGUAUUAUUCGCUGUUAAAGUAUAUCCGUAGGUUUCUUUUGUUUUUCCAUGUGUGGUCUGCCGCGCAGAGACACAAGGAAAUAAUAAAAAACCAACAUACGUUUUAUGAACUUAUCGAAGGGACGGCCCUGAAUAGUAGUGCAGCAUGUGAAACCAAUUUAAAACAGGCUGCAUGUUUUAAGUUUAGCGGCCAUGCACAUCUCAAACUAUCGCCGGCACGGCUUUUUUUUUUUGUUACUUCAGAGUUCCGUUCGUCCACUAACCUCACUGUCUACACUGGACAGCCCAUUGCGAAAAUCGCAAUUAAACGCAAUCAAAAAGUAG